CUCAUUCUGAGUCGUGUUACCCUAAUCGCUCUGUUUCUCUCGUUCUCUGAAAACCUAGAUCAUGGCUGGGAUGUAUGGUCAGGAGGGCGGCGGUGGUGCCGCUCCGCCGUAUGGAUCUAGCGGUGGUGGUGGCUACGGUGGCUCCGGAGGGUAUGGAGGCGGUUCCGGAGGUUAUGGAGGAGGCGGUGGCGGUGGAGGCUACGGAGGAGGCGGUGGUGGAUAUGGAGGUAAAGGCGGCGAUAGCGGUGGUUACGGUGGUGGAGGCCGUGGUGGUCGAGGUGGAGGAGGUUAUGGUGGCGGUGGCGGUCGAGGUGGAGGAUAUCAAGGCGACCGUGGAGGUGGCCGCGGAGGUGGUGGCGGCGGCGGCAGAGGUGGCCGUGGUGGCAGUGGAAGGGAUGGUGAUUGGCCUUGCCCUAAUCCAGGCUGUGGGAAUGUGAACUUUGCGAGAAGAACUGAGUGUAACAAGUGUGGUACGCCCUCUCCUGCGGGUGCUGGUGGCGGUGGGGGAGACCGUGGUGGUGGAGGUGGUUAUAAUAGAGGUGGAAGUGGUGGGGGAUAUGGUGAUAACCGUGGUGGCAGAGGUGGUAAUUAUGAUGGGGGUCGAAGUGGCAACUAUGAAGGAGGUAAAGGUAGCAAUUACGAUGGAGGCAGAGGGAGUGGUUUUGAUAGUAGAGGUGGAGGAGGUGGGAGUAGAGGUGGUUCUUAUGGUGGUAACCAAGGAAGAGAUGAUGGUGGGUACGGUCAGGCUCCUGCAGCUGCUCCUCCAUCUUAUGGUGCAGGUGGCAGUUACCCACCAUCGUACAAUGCUAAUUAUGGAACAGAUGCAGUCCCUCCUCCUACAAGCUAUACUGGUGGGCCUGCUUCAUAUCCCCCAUCCUAUGGUGGUCCUGCAGGUGGUUAUGGUGGUGAUGGUCCGGGUGAUGCAAGGAGUGGCGGCCGAGGUGGCCCUGCUGCUAAAUAUGAUGGCGGAUAUGGUGGUGGUGGUCGAGGUGGUUAUGGAAGUGCUCCUACAGAGGCCCCUGCUAAGGUGAAGCAAUGCGAUGAGAACUGUGAUGAUACUUGUGACAAUGCUAGAAUCUACAUAUCAAAUCUGCCACCAGAUGUCACGGUCGAUGAACUGCAAGCUCUUUUUGGAGGCAUUGGACAAGUUGGGAGAAUCAAGCAGAAACGUGGGUACAAGGAUCAGUGGCCAUAUAACAUCAAAAUUUACACAGAUGAGUCGGGAAAGAACAAAGGUGAUGCAUGUUUAGCCUAUGAAGAUCCAAAUGCUGCACAUUCAGCUGGCAGUUUUUACAACGGUCAUGACAUAAGGGGCUAUAAGAUCAGUGUUGCGAUGGCAGAGAGGUCGGCACCUAGGGCUUACGAUAAUGGUGGUGGUAGAGGUGGUUAUGGGGGCGGUGGGCGCAGGGACAAUUAUCGAGAUGGUGGACCUGAUAGACAUCAGCAUGGUGGAAACCGUUCACGUCCAUAUUGAGAGAAUUUUCAGAUCAAGCACAUUUUAUGUAAUGAGAAUUGUUGUCUGAGGAUUUUUGUAUUCGUUUUGGAGGGAUCUUAAACUGGAGACUAAGAGGUAGGUUGUUCAAUAACCCUGGGCAAUACCUCUGUCCUCCUUUAAUUUACCUACCCAUACCUGGAAGGGUUUAAAUUAUAGGCGCUUUGGAUUGAUUAAGUUGUGUGAAUGUUUUUUUUAGAGACAAGUGGAUAAUCUCCAAAUUGCUUGCUGCUAAGGUAGGUCUAUUUUUCAGGUGAGUGCUGCUCUUUCAUAACUAUUAUUUCACACUUUUUUGGAGAUUAUCCAGCCUCUGUGCGCUGGAUGUUUGAUUGCAUCUGAUCAUUUCAUAUAUAUUGCUCAGAUGCACGCAUGAAAUGCAUGAUCAUGAUUAUGAUGUUUAUGCACGGAUAUUUUGUUGUAAUGCAUCAUUGUUAUUAGUUGUGAUGUACCUCUGAAUAAAAAGACUCCGACAUGUUUGAAAUUAUGGAUUUGAAGUUAGAA